UGUUCUCGUCAUGGCUGUCGAAAUUAUCAGCGAACUCAAACGACUGAUAACAAAUUUAGCUUAUAAACUUGAAAGUAGGCAAUCCAUUGAGUAUGUUGCAAGAGAAUUAGACAUGGUGUCUGGUAUCUUGUCAGAGGUAUCGGUGGAGUUUGAUGAUUCUCAAAUAGACCAUGCCAUGCAAUGUUUGUCUUCUGCAUAUGAUCUUGUGAAUACCAUGCUUCAAGUUGAAGUUCAACAACAAGCGCAAGGAGAAUCUUUUGGAGUACAACCAACUUAUGUGAACGGGAAAACGGGCAGGCCAAAGACUGAAAUACCAUUGAGCCAGCUGGAAUUUUUGAUAGAGUGUAAUUUCAAGCAGAAAGAUAUUGCCGAACUUUUUGGAAUUAGUGUCAGAACAUUGAGGACAAGGCUUUCAGAGUAUGGCAUCAAAUAUGGAAAUAAAUUCAGUACAAUAUCUGAUGAAGAACUGGAUGUAAAAACUGAGCAGAUAUUAAUAAACCAUCCAGAUGUUGGCUAUAGAUCUGUGAGGGCACACUUACUUAGUGAUGGAGACAAUGUUCAAGAAAUAAGGGUUCGUGAAUCUGUGAGAAGAGUGGAUUUAGAAGGGUGUAUAUUGCGGCAUCUGACCAUUUUGAAACCAAACAUACGCAAAUAUAAUGUGAGAGCGCCAAACUCCUUAUGGCAUAUUGAUGGCUACCAUAAGCUCAUCAAUUGGAGAAUGGUUAUCCAUGGUGGAAUAGACGGUUUCUCCAGAUUACCUGUAUAUUUAACAGUUUCUGAUAAUAACAGGUCUGAGAAUGUGGUUCAGAGUUUUAUGGAAGCUGUCACAGUGUAUGGUAUUCCGCAAAGAGUUAGAUCUGACAAAGGCGGUGAAAAUGUUCUUGUUGCCAAAUUUAUGGUUGAACAAAAGGGAGUAGGAAGAGGCAGCCAUAUAACUGGACGCAGCGUUCACAACCAAAGAAUUGAGCGAUUUUGGCGAGAUGUGUGGACAGGCUGCAUUGGAUUAUUUUAUAAUUUAUUUUGCUCAAUGGAGAACCAAGGUAUUCUAAUACCUACUGAUGAACUACAUCUUUAUGCCCUGCACUAUGUUUUUUUACCAAGAAUUCAGAACCACCUUGAUUUUUUUUAGAAAUGCCUUUAUGAGACGGCCAUUGAGAACUGCCCAAUGCCAAUCUCCAAUUCAGAUGUGGACAUAUGGUCAAAUGCUGAAUCCAUCUGAAACGUUGACACAUGAGAAUAUUCAAGACUUUGGAGUGAAUCGAGAAGGAUUAUGGACUGGGAAUGAACCUGAUUGUGUUGAGAUUCCCCAGAACUCUUGUAUCAUUCUUGAUGAUGUUGAAGAAGAAUUAAGAAACCAUGUUGA